AUGGUUGUCUACUACCAGAUUGCCGGCAAGAAGGUCGGCUCCCACGUCCCAUCAUUCCUGGCUCUCCGUCGUCUCCUGUUUGGAAAAGAACCUCCAACUAACCAAUUGCCUGCGCAACAGCUCUCCAUGGCCACUCUCGGCACCAUGUUCGCUGGCUCCUGGCUUGCCAUGGGCGGCGGCGACAAGCCCAAGACCGCCCAAGGUCCCCCGAUCAGCGCCUCCUCCAAGGAUGAGGAGCAGUUCAUCCAACAAUUCAUGAAGGAAGUUGAUGGCGGCGAGAAGAAACCCAGCAACUAG